CCUCGAAAAGCUUGGGGGCACAUUUGCGCUCGGGUUCCUGGUCCUUGCAGCCCUCCUGCCUUGAGUGUGGGAGAACACUUUUUUUGUUUUAAGACUCAGCGUGGAGAGAAAGCCUCCGUCCCAGGGGAGGAGAGGCGUCUGCGGGGGGCAGAGACCGCAGCUACCUGCCGGGUGCGCCCCCCGCCCCGGGCACGCAGGCGUUCGUCCCCCCUUUCUCUCCCGCUCCCACCUCCUCAUUGGUGCUGGUUUGCAGCGCUCGGCUCCUGCGCCUUCGCUUCGCGUUUGAAUCUGGCUCGCCCCUCCGUAUUAUGUCUGCACUCCGAAGGAAAUUUGGGGACGAUUACCAGGUAGUGACCACCUCGUCCAGCGGCUCGGGCUUGCAGCCCCAGGGGCCGGGCCAGGGCCCGCAGCAGCAGCUUGUGCCCAAGAAGAAGCGACAGCGGUUCGUGGACAAGAACGGCCGGUGCAAUGUCCAGCACGGCAACCUGGGCAGUGAGACGAGCCGCUACCUCUCGGACCUCUUCACCACCCUGGUGGACCUCAAGUGGCGCUGGAACCUCUUCAUCUUCAUUCUCACCUACACCGUGGCCUGGCUCUUCAUGGCGUCCAUGUGGUGGGUGAUUGCCUACACUCGGGGCGACCUGAACAAAGCCCACGUCGGCAACUACACGCCCUGCGUGGCCAACGUCUAUAACUUCCCUUCGGCCUUCCUCUUCUUCAUCGAGACCGAGGCCACCAUCGGCUAUGGCUACCGCUACAUCACCGACAAGUGCCCCGAGGGCAUCAUCCUCUUCCUCUUCCAGUCCAUUCUCGGCUCCAUCGUGGACGCCUUCCUCAUAGGCUGCAUGUUCAUCAAGAUGUCCCAGCCCAAGAAGCGCGCGGAGACCCUGAUGUUUAGCGAGCACGCGGUGAUCUCUAUGAGGGACGGAAAACUCACGCUCAUGUUCCGAGUGGGCAACCUGCGCAACAGCCAUAUGGUCUCCGCGCAGAUACGCUGUAAGCUGCUCAAAUCUCGGCAGACACCUGAGGGUGAGUUCCUUCCCCUUGAUCAACUUGAACUGGAUGUAGGUUUUAGUACAGGGGCAGAUCAACUUUUUCUUGUUUCCCCCCUCACGAUUUGCCACGUGAUUGAUGCCAAAAGCCCCUUUUAUGACCUAUCCCAGCGAAGCAUGCAAACUGAACAGUUCGAGAUUGUCGUCAUCCUAGAAGGCAUUGUGGAAACAACUGGGAUGACUUGUCAAGCUCGAACAUCAUACACUGAAGAUGAAGUUCUUUGGGGCCACCGUUUUUUCCCUGUAAUUUCCUUAGAAGAAGGAUUCUUUAAAGUUGAUUACUCCCAGUUCCAUGCAACAUUUGAAGUCCCCACGCCACCUUACAGUGUGAAAGAACAGGAGGAAAUGCUUCUUAUGUCGUCCCCUUUAAUAGCACCAGCCAUAACUAACAGCAAAGAAAGACAUAAUUCUGUGGAAUGCUUAGAUGGACUAGAUGACAUUAGUACCAAACUUCCAUCUAAGCUGCAGAAAAUUACUGGAAGAGAAGACUUUCCCAAAAAACUCUUGAGAAUGAGUUCUACAACUUCUGAAAAAGCCUACAGCUUGGGCGAUUUGCCCAUGAAACUUCAACGAAUAAGUUCAGUACCUGGCAACUCAGAAGAAAAACUGGUAUCUAAAACCACCAAAAUGUUGUCUGAUCCCAUGAGCCAGUCAGUGGCUGAUUUGCCACCAAAGCUUCAAAAGAUGGCCGGAGGAGCAGCCAGGAUGGAAGGGAAUCUUCCGGCAAAACUAAGAAAAAUGAACUCUGAUAGAUUCACAUAACCAAACACCCCUUCAGGCAUUAUUUACUGUUUGAUUUGGUAAUAGUCCAAUAUUUGGCUGAUGAGGUAAUCCUCUUUAAGGAAUCUGAAAGGUACAUUUUUUCCCCCAGUCAUAUAUACAUAUUUGAGAACCUUCCUUUUCAAGUAUUGCUAAUGUGCAAAAGAUAAAGUUGUAAAGGGAGGACAUCAGAAGGAAGUUCUUAUUAACGGGCAUGUAUUAUCACAUCAAGCAUGCAAUAAUGUGCAAAUUUUACAUUUAGUUUUAUGGCAUGAUUUAUAUAUGGUAUAUUUAUAUUGUAUAUUAUGGAAAAUGUAUAUAUAUAUAUUUAAAGGGGUAGUACCCUGCACAACAUUUCUAACAUACGUAUUAAGCCAAACAUGAAUUGAUAGCUUUCAGGGUGAUAAAACUAUAUAUAUAUAUAUGUGUGUGUGUGUGUACACAUAGUUUUAUAUAUACACACACAUAUAUGUACAUAUAUACACAUACACACACACGUACAUACAUAUAUCUGAUAAAAUUGUGAUGUUUUGUUCAAAGUUGUAGUUCUUGUGCAUGUUUACUUUAUUAGGCUAGGAAGGCUUCUGGCAUUAAUUAUUAAUACCAAAUAUUUUAGCCUUAAAUUAUUUGUCAUUUUAAAAUCUGAUUUAAUGUUUUCUGCUGUUUAAGGUCCUGGAAGGUUUUCAGUUCUUUAUACGAGGGAGUCACACAAGUCUGUGCUACUUAUGGCCCUGCAAAAAUAUAACCAUUAUAUGUUUAACUUGUAAAUUUUGAAGCAUACUAAUACGCUGACAAUUUCUUAUGAUUUUUAAAAGUUGCUAGUACUGGGAAAAAAUAAGUAUUGCCAUUUUGAGAGUUGGUCCUUUCCUGGACUGAUUAAAGUCUGGAAAUCUCUUUUACAUAUGAUCUAAUACAAAUAUGAGCUCUGAACAAAUGUUGAAUCACUGUAAUAGUCAGUAGCGAAGUUAUAUUGAAUAUAUUGGAAUCUGUGUGAAAUUACAUAAUUAAUGGUCCCUGUUUCAAACUGAGUCAAUUGGUAACAUUUUCACUCUUUUUCUCAAACUUUUGUCAUUUUAAAAAUCAGUAAUUUAUCUUUGAGGAGAUAAAACAAUACAAUGAAACAGAUGAUAGGUAUUUAUGUGUAAAAU